CUAUUGCGGUUAUCAACCGGGCGCUUGUAAAUCAGUAGUAUUUUAUGAGGAUGAUUCUAAGUAAGUUAUACGCGUGUAAUUACACGAGCUCGUUAAAUUUAUUGCGAAAAAAUUCACAUUAUUUAACUAAAAAUGCAAAUAUUCGCACGUUACACUUUUCAUUUGUACCAGACAAAAAAACUCAUGCAGGUGAAACUAAAAAAAUAAAUAUGUAUCAAGCGGUUAAUGAAGCAUUGGCUAUUGCGCUUGAAAAAGACCCUAAUUCUGUCGUUUUUGGCGAAGAUGUUGCAUUUGGUGGCGUAUUUCGUUGCACAGUUGGUUUGAAAGAACGAUUUGGUAAUAAUCGUGUAUUCAAUACUCCGUUAUCUGAACAAGGAAUUAUUGGAUUUGGUAUUGGACUAGCUAAUCAAGGAGUUGCUGCAAUCGCUGAAAUCCAAUUUGCUGAUUACAUUUUUCCGGCAUUUGAUCAAUUGGUAAAUGAGGCUGCUAAAAUGCGUUACAGGAGCGGUAAUGCAUUCGAUUGUGGUAAAUUAACGGUACGUGCGCCUUGUGGAGCUGUUGGACAUGGUGCACUCUAUCACUCACAAAGCCCAGAAGCAUAUUUUGCCCACACACCUGGUCUUAAAGUUGUAGUUCCUCGGGGACCAAUUCAAGCGAAAGGUUUAUUACUGAGUUGUAUUGAAGAUCCGGAUCCUUGUUUAAUAUUUGAACCAAAGGCUCUCUAUCGUCUUGCUGUAGAUGACGUACCAACAAAUGAUUUUAAAAUACCGAUUGGAAAAGCUGAAAUAUUACGUGAAGGUGAUUCAAUAACUUUAGUUGGAUGGGGUAGUCAAGUACAUAUACUACUAGAGACUGCGGACAUUGUUAAAGAGAAACUCGGGGCUUCUUGUGAAGUCAUUGAUCUCAUAUCUAUUCUCCCUUGGGAUAUUGAAACCGUCACAAAGUCGGUUAAAAAAACUGGACGAGUUGUUAUUGCUCAUGAAGCCCCACUGACUAAUGGAUUUGGUAGUGAAGUUUCUGCUACCAUUCAGGAAGCUUGUUUUUUGAAUCUCGAAGCACCCAUUCAAAGAGUAACAGGUUGGGACACUCCAUUUCCUCUUGUAUUUGAACCAUUUUAUCUGCCGGAUAAAUGGCGUUGUUUUGAUGCGAUAAAAAAAACACUUAAUUUUUAAAAAUGAUUUAGAAAAAAUAUGAAAAGUUGUCGAUUUAAAAGUGCCGGUAAAAUAUUUCAUUAAAAAAUAUGUAAUUGCUUAAACACUUAAUUUAUAAAUCAAUAAAGUAAAUGUAAAACACAUUAAAUGAUAAUAAAGUGUUAACUAAAUACUAAUAAGUAAUA